AACCAGCCUCUCCUCACUUCAGUCUCAAUUCAAACAAACCUGCAGCAUCAGUCAACAAUGGCAAUCGCCAAACGUGUUCCUCGCGAUGUUGAGGAAGACCCUUGGGAUGCACACACGAGCAUGAUGACAUGGGCAUCUUCGAUCUUGCUCGCCAUCAUCUUCCUCAUCGUGCUAGGGGUUUCGGUCAUCUGGCUCACCGUCAACCCAAGGCAGCUCAAGUAUGCCGUCGAGGAUGCCUUCGUCUCUAACUUCAACGUCACCGGUGGCCACCUCGCCACAGCUGACUUCAACAUCAGUUUGUCGGCCAAGAACCCCAAUCACCGGGUCUCGUUCUCCUACGACUCCAUGAAGGUGUCCGUGAAGAGCCACGGCUACACCCUCGCGUCUAGCGACGUCCCGCGUUUUACCCAGGGCACGGACACCUUUAAGCCUUUCGAGGUGAACCUCAUGUCGCGUGAUGUGGUGCUACCGGAGUCCACGUCAAGCCACUUGAUGGAUGGGGGAACAUCAGGGGAAAUCAAGAUCGACGUGAUCAUCGAGGCGAGAGUCACGUUCAAGGCCCGGCAUUGGAAGCACGACCACUGCAUGAUCCGGGUAUUCUGCGCCGAAGCGGUGGCCCGCUCCUCGCAGGAGACGGCCUUCAAGCAGACCAAAUGCAGCGUCGAACUAUGAAUUUCAGUCGAUGCCGUCAUCGCCGUCGCGAUCAUCCUCUUCUGUCUCAUGUCUACAUAAUGGUUCUGUAUAGUUUAUGGUGUGCGGAUCAACGCUCUGGGCAUCUCUUUAGUAUUUUGAGUAACAACCCUGCACAUUUAACCU